AUGCAGUUGGCCACUGGGCGUGCAGCACCGAAGCAGCAGCAACAGCAGGAACAACAACUGCAGCAGCACCUGCAGCAGCAGCAGCAGCAGCAGCAGCAGACGCUGCCAUUAGAUGAUGCUGUCUCCUUAUGGAGGUUAGGGAGACUCAUAGAGACAUACGGAGAGACACUUGUCUCCUCCCUUAUUGCUGCUGCUGCUCCCCCACCAGCAGCAGAAGCAGCAACUGCAGCAGAAGCAACUAUAGCAGAGGAAAAUGCAGCAGAAGCAACUGCAGCAGAAGCAUCAACUGCAGCAGAAGCAGCAACUGCAGCAGAAGCAGCAACUGCAGCAGAAGCAGCAACUGCAGCAGCAGCAGUAACUGCAGCAGCAGCAGCAACUGCAGCAGCAGGACCGGAGGAGGAGUCCGAGCGUUCCAAUAUGAAGUGUGCAGAUGCAGCAAGUGCAGCAGCAGCAGCAGCAGGAGCAGAAACAGCAGGAACAGAAACAGCAGCAGCAGCAGCAGCAGAAACUGCAGCAACACCAGCAGCAGAAACUGCAGCGGCAGCAACAGCAGCAACAGCAGCAAAGGGGAAGGAAGGAAGGGGUACAGGGUCUCCAUUAGAGAGCAGCAUACAUAGCGAGGACUGCAGCAGCACAGCAACAGCAACAACAACAACAGCAGCAACAGCAGCAACAGCAGCAGCAGCAGCAGAUGGACUUGAAUUACCUGCAGCAGCAGAAGCACAAACCCGUCGUACCUCUAGCAGGAGCAGCAGCGCCCACGACAACAACAGCAACAGCAGCAGCAGAAGCAGCAGCAGAAGCAGCAGCAUCUGCAGCAGAAGCAGCAGCAGAAGCAGCAACAGCAACAGCAGCAGCAGCAGCAGGAGGAAAUCUCUGACCCCACAGUUACAGGUGUUGCGCUGCCUAGCAGAGGGGGAGCACUUGGAGGCAAGCAGCUGCGGCAGCAGCAGCUGCAGCAGCAGCAGCAGCUGCUGCAGCAGCAGCAGGAGAGGAGACACAUAUAGAUUAUCUUAUUCAUUAGUAGUUAGAUUUACUUGCCCUGCACUGCAGCAGCAGCAGCAACAGCAGCAACAGCAGCAGCAGCAGCAGCAGCAGAUGCAGCAGAUGCAGCAGCAGCCGCUGCCUGCAAAAAUUCGCCCCUCUGAUGUUGUUAAUCUUGUGUGGGAGUUGCCAGUUGUCGUUACACCUGGAGAAGGAGCGCAGCAGCAGCAGCAGCAGCAGCAGCAGCAGCAGCAACAGCAGCAACAGCAGCAGGAGCAGCAAGAAUGGUGGCUAUGGGACCUGCAGAGACACCCCAAUAGCACUACUUCUCUCUUUGGUGCUGCUGCCUCUCGUGCUCGUAGAGAGCUGCUGCUCUAA